ACGAGGUCCCGUCCAAGUUAGCAACCGCCAGACUAAGUAUAGUUCGCCUGCCCUCGCCCAUCAUCCUUCGACCAACUUUCUACUUUACUCUACUCGGUCCUCUCUCUCCCUCCUCCCUCCCCUUCUCAUAAAGUCAACAGUUUUGAUCCAACCAUUCCCGUAUCGUAUCGCCUUGAUCAUCGUCGCAGAUCCACUGCGUCAUGAGAGGCUGAUAAACUCUUGACCUUCACUCAGCUCGACAUACGAAUUGGUCUAUCCUGACUAAUUAGCUCGACGUCUCUUUUAACGGGGACUGUCGCUAUCUAUCUGACGAUACAUUAUCGUCGCUUGAGCGCCACUACUUUCGGUCCCGCCGAUUGCACAAACACCAUCGUCUCUACUGGACUCCCUCACGACUCAUAGCAAACCCUGUUGUCCAAUUUUUACUCAUCAUAUUCGCCUCACCAUAUAGACAACUGUAUAGAGGGGACGAUAAAAUUAUCUCAUAUCAAAUCUCACUCGAAACUAUUUCAGUCACUUAAAGCAACAACCAUUAAAGAACUCUCAAACUCUGUUAUCACAAACUAUCCAACAUGAGUUCUCCUUCCCAGGCCGGGCCCUCGUCCCGUAGAGAGGAGAAGAAAGAGAAGGGAUUCAGCAAGCUUCUUACUCGCACCAAAACUUUCCUCAAGCGAGAGGGCUCCUCAUCUGCUUCUAAGCGUCAGUCGACUCUCUCGACCACCAAGCCUGCCGCUCCAGCCAAGCCUGAGGAGACUCCCCAGACGAGUCAACCUCCUGCUCCCGAGAACAAGAAAUUGGAAGCUAGGGCUAAAUAUGAAGGCUUAGAGGGCGUCUCCAAACUCACUAGGAGCCAGUUGAUCGAAGAGCGUGCUAAGAAGCUUGGUGAGCGCUAUGGACUUGAUAUCAACGUUUCCGAACUUCAGACCAGAUCGCCCGACGACACCGUUCUCCGCAUUGACAAGCCGAUCCGUAUGCGCGUACGACGAACCUGCCACAAGUGCAACUCCACCUUUUCUUCUGCCAAGGAGUGUCCCAACUGCCAGCAUGCCCGUUGCACCAAGUGCACCCGUUACCCUCCCAAACGAAGCGAAGCCGAGAUUAUCGCCAGCCGUGAGCGACGUGCCGCUAUCAUCAAAGCCAACAAGGAGAACGCCCCUAUUAUUCCCGACUACUCUUACGCCUUUGACGAGAAGAAGAUCGUCCUUACUCGACCUAGCAAGACAGGUGGUCAGGACUUGGUUCACAAGAAGCCUCGUCAACGCGUGCGAAGGACCUGUCAUGAAUGUUCGACUCUGUUUAUCUCUGGUAAUAAAACCUGUGAGAAGUGUGGCCACGUUCGCUGCACUGACUGUCCUCGGGAUCCCCCCAAGAAGGAGAAGUAUCCAUAUGGUUAUCCUGGAGAUGAAUUCGGUCCUAGCAGUGUGCCACACUAUGAGUGUAAGGAGUGCAAGACUAUAUUCCCAACCGGUGCUGAAAAUGGAACCAAAUGCACAAAAUGUGGUUCGGAGAAAACAGACGACUCGCCCCGUGUCAAACCCCGCAAAGUCGAACCUGAACCAGACCCGGAGAUAUUGAAGAGGCUACAGGAGCGGCUUGAGAAUCUAAAAGUGGCAUAACUUGCAUACACCAUAAGACUCUUGAACUCGGGAGUCGGGGACGAAGAGAGGAUGCUAUUUCAUUUUAUCGUUUUACACAACCACACACGACGACGACAUUCGAGCUGCGAGAGCGAGGGACGACGGGCGGAGAGCUUCUCAACCAUCUCAUAUCAUGAGUCGAAAAUUCGAUGGCUAUCGAUCCCCAUCCGCAGUUCAUUUUCCUUCUACUUGGCCACACGUUGCACGGCUCAUCCACCCUGGAUCAUGGGUUCAAAAUAGUAUUCGACACGAAGCCUAUUUGUUUUUCACGACAUAGAGACGGCAAUUCAUAUUGGCCGGCGCAUACAACAUCACGUUCCGGAUCAUUCCAUUCAAGCGCACCUCCAUGACUAUUGCAUUACCAGCCAUCUGUCAUUUACAGACAUUUACGAACAGAGGAGUUAUGAUUCAGGAGAGCAAGAUCAUGUAGAGGGGGCAGGUGGGGAUAUACGGGUUGAUUUGCUGAGAGGUGUUGAAAAGGGGGUGGUUUGUGUAUUGACAAACAAAAUUCGCAUGUACCUUGCGGGCCGUGACCUUUGGAGGAUGGAUACCACAACGAGUGUGCCACACAUUGUCAAUGUAUUUGGCGAAAGCGAAGAAGCGGUGUUUUUUUCAUUCUCUCAGUGAACACAAUUCUGUUGGCGAGCGAUACCUACGCUCUGCAUCAAUGAGAAAGACGUCAAUCCUUCAUAACUAACACCAAUACUAUUUGACGAACACAAGUGAUAUCAGUUCCAUGUAUUCCAUCCCCUCUCACUCGCUCUGGAUAUGGUUGACAACUUGGUUGAGGACUGAUUAGGAUGUGGCAUCAUAUCCAUGCCAUUAUCCUCUCCUAGUUCAUCCAAGAACCCCAGCAAUGCAGGAAACACGUGAGUCUUGCCUCAACAUCGCCAUCAUACAUACGUGAUGUCCCUGCCCCCGCAGUGUCCAUUAUUCAUCCAACCCAUCUUGCUCUAUGCAGGUGUUGUAAUACUUGCAGUAUACGUAAGUGGUGCUUGUGUUGGACAAGAUGCAAGAGUUGUGCCAUGGUCUGCUGCUUUCUGUGUAGCGGUGUGUGUCGCACAGGCGCUGCAUAGUGGUGGCGCUGAUACCGUGAGGAGAAACAGGUGCGCUCGGCUCAUCGGGAGGACAAGAAAGUGAGUGUGAGGCGUAUGUGCGUUAUGGGAGAGCUAGAGACAGGGGAUGACGGGGGGG